AUGGGCAUCCAGAAUCUUUGGCCUUUAGUAGAUGAAGCUGGGUUUACUUGCAAGCUCAAGAACUUUGUUAUGGAGCAUGGUUUUAUCAAAGACCACCACCGUUCCCGUACGGUGAUUAUUGGAGUUGACAUUAGUUCAUUCUUGGAUGGCUUCCGUGCAUCAGAUAGGGGUUCUCAUGCCAAUCGCCGCCUUCAUGCAUCAGACUCGACCCUUACACAAUUCUUCAAGCUACUGUGUGGUUUAUCAAAGGCCGGUGCACAUUGCAUCUUUGUCUAUGACGGUGAUGGGCGCCCACUUAUCAAACGAGGAAUUCGAGUUGUCGCGCGCGAAUCAGACUACUACACACAUUCGAGAAAGUUGAUAAAGUAUUUUGGCUACUAUAGCCAUACAGUAAAUGUUUCUAUCCAGUCUACGCGAAUAAUGCUUACCUCACAAACACAGGCUCCAGGUGAAGCAGAAGCAGAGCUUUCAGAUAUGUACAAACGGGGUAUUAUUGAUAUUGUGCUCUCUAAAGACAGCGAUGUUUUUCCCCUUGGGGUUGGAUCUAUAAUGAAACUCAUCGUACCGAAGGAGCCGAGAAAUCUCUGGGGAGAUCUAGAUGCGCGCGUUUACCAUGCUGAAUCCACAGGCUACUCUCAGGGAGGUUUCAUUCUGAUUGCUUUAUUGCUUCAGAAUGAUUUCGGUAGCGGUGUUGAUGGCAUAGGCCACCAAACUGCUCGCGGCCUUGCUCAGAGUGGAUUUGGGGAUGAUCUUCUCAACGCCUACCAGUUGUUCCUAAACUCGCCGCAACAGCUUUCUGAAGCAUUCCGCAAACUGAAUAGCGAUAUGGCAUAUGAGAUUCAAUAUAAUGAACAAGGUAAAAUGGGUUUAUGUAGUCCUUUCCGGGCGGAUAUCCUCCGGGACUCUCAAUUUCCUACCCUUGAAGAUGUCAAUGUCAUGAACGCAUUUCUAAAGCCAUUGACAAGUUCUUCACCUGGGCUCAAUCCUGCCCCGGUCUCUCUCAGCCUACCCACACUCCCUGAUGUCACCGGAAUUUCCGAAUUUUGUGCCGAGCACUUUGCCUGGUCUCCGAUGCUUGCCCUGAAGCGUUUUCACACUCAUCUCUGGCCUGGUAUUGUGAUCCGAAUGCUUUCCUCGAAAUAUAUAGGUUAUAAUACACAGAAGGCGGAAUUCCUAGUUCCCCGCUUGCAGAGUCAACCUGAGACAAACAGCAUGGGAAACUACUAUAUCCCUACUCUAUCGACUACUGUCAUGAACCACAAGGCAUUGAAUCUCCAAGCAAAGCAUGUCGAUGAGAGCAUUCCCAUCACUUUUGAUACUGCCUUUUUCGUUCAGCUUACAGGUCUCCCUCCCUCAACUGUUCAAUGUACUCGCAGAGUUGAUGUUCCGGUUCCCAUGCUCGCAGUGGCUACGAAUCAAACAGGGAAAGUUGAUCAUUUGAGUGAAUUACUCGGUUCACGUCCAAACUCUGACAUAUCUGUUCGGAUCCAACACCGAAAUGAUCUGGGUUUGAGUAAUGAAGCAUCAAGUAGUUCACAGGUAUCUAUCAGCACACGCAAACACAAGCAUACUCCAGCCUUUGUAACAGAUGAGAGUAGCAAGUAUAGCCAGUCGGGCAUUAAAUAUUUGGGUGUCAUCGAGCUUUCUGAUAGUGAAGAUGAUGAGCUCGAUGACCUUGUAUGUACAUGA